AUGAAAGAGUUUCGGACCAAAGGUACCACCUCCUUCGGUAAGCGGCACACCAAGUCCCACACCCUCUGCCGUCGGUGUGGCAACCGCGCGUUCCACAAGCAGCACAAGGAUUGCGCGCAGUGCGGCUACCCCAGGGCGAAACUCCGGUCGUACGAGUGGGGCCAGAAGGCCAAGCGCAGAAAGACCACCGGCACUGGUCGCAUGCGUUACCUCAAGACCGUUUCAAGGCGAUUCAAGAACGGCUUCAGGGAGAACACGAAGGCCGUCAAGCGGACCAAGACGACGGCGGAGGCCUGA